UAAAUAAACUUAACCUAUAAAAAACCUAAGGGUAGUGGUUUUUGAUAUUAAUUCGAUUGCUUCCAUAUUUUCGGCACUUAAUGGAGAUUAUUUUAGAAGAGGAAAGAAUACAGGAAAUGCGUAAUUUUAAUAUCGAACGUCGGAUCGCCAGAAAUAAUAGUGAUCCAUUUACAUUAAGUGAUAGGCACUUUGUUAGAUGCUUUCGGUUAACAAAACAUAUGGUCCACUACAUACUUGAAAGAAUUUCGCCCCACAUGUCUCACUCUGCACAUAUAAAUGCUGUUAACCCUGAGCUGCGAUUGUUUGCAGCAUUAUAUUUCUUUGGUCAUGGAGCUUAUCAGAAAGUGGUGGGUCACAAUUUUAUGUUAUCAAUGGCUCAAAAUACAGUAUCCAAUUGCAUUCAGGAAAUCAGUCACCUUAUUGUGCAUUAUUUAAGUGAUGAGUGGAUCCAAUUUCCCACUACUGAAGAAGAAAAACUGGCAAUUAAAGUCAAAUUUAGGGAAACCACACACUUUCCAGGUGUAAUAGGUGCAGUUGACUGUACACAUGUCGCUAUAAUUGCUCCUCGGGAAGAAGAACAUAAUUUCAUUAACAGAAAAGGUUACCAUUCAAAAAAUAUUCAAAUAAUCUGUGAUUACAAUUUGAAAAUAUUAAACAUAAACCCCCAAUUUGCGGGUGCGACUCAUGAUGCCUACAUUUGGCGAAAUUCAGAAGUUCACCAAGAACUGGAGAGGUGUUAUUUAGCAGGAGAUCGUCAUUCUUGGCUUUUAGGGGAUUCUGGCUAUCCGCAACAGCCAUGGCUAAUGACCCCUGUAUUAAAUGCACUUGCAGGAUCUGCAGAAGAACGAUACAAUACUCACCACGCUUCUGCAAGAAAUUGUAUCGAGCGUUGUAACGGAGUUUUUAAGCAAAGGUUUAGGUGCGUCUUGGGAGAGAGAACAUUGAGAUAUUCCCCAGAAAAGGUUGGAAAUAUUGUUGUUGCAUGUGCAGUGCUACAUAAUAUAUGCACUGAUGCAAGACUAGAACUUGACGUAGAGAAUAUGGAACGUAUAAUUCCCAAUGAAGUGAACGUUAAUGUACAGCAGAUGAAUGAAAAUGGUAGGGAUGCUCGAAGAAUAUUAAUUGAAAAUUAUUUUCAAUAGUGUAAUAGUUUUUCUUAGAUGUAGACAAUAAGAUUAGUACAACAGAUAGUCUUAAUUGUUAAUAUCAUUUUUUGUUUUUGUUUGCUUCUUUUAAGGAUGUUGCAAUAGAUUGUAAAC